AUGCCCUCUCAUUCAACCAACAACAUCACUUCCAUGGUCACCACCGCCGCCGCCGCCCCUCCCGCCGCUUCUUCUUCAUCCUCAAUCGGCGGUGGUCAUACGACUCAACCUCCAAGACCUCCACUCAACACUCACGCUUCUACCUCUGGGACUUCCUUAUCCGCCCAAUCUCACUCGACAUCAGUCAUGACGGAGGACGAGGAGGAUCUGGAGGACUAUAGACCCGGUGGAUAUCACCCGAUCAAUAUCGGGGACGAAUUCAAUCUCGGACGUUAUGUGGUGGUCAGGAAACUCGGAUGGGGCCAUUUCUCAACCGUUUGGUUAGCAAGGGAUAAUACGACCAGUCGGCAUGUCGCACUCAAAGUCGUCAAAUCUGACGGCCACUACACCGAGACUGCGCUGGACGAAAUUCAACUUCUUCAACGAGUCGUCUCAUCUUCGCCCACUCACGCUGGUCGAACCCAUGUGGUUGGUCUGGUAGAUGAUUUCAGACACGAUGGACCGAACGGAUCGCACGUCUGCAUGGUGUUUGAAGUGUUGGGUGAAAACCUCCUGGGGCUCAUCAAACGGUAUCAACACCGUGGAGUCCCUCAACACAUUGUCAAGCAGAUCGCCAAGCAAGUCUUGCUGGGUCUCGAUUACCUCCAUAAUCAAUGUCGCAUCAUUCAUACCGAUCUCAAACCUGAAAAUGUCUUGAUCUGUAUAGAAGACGUCGAGUCAGUCGUCCAGGCCGAAUUGGCAACCUGUCCCGCUGCUGUCCCGACGAAACUGGUCGGUGUACCGCCUUCUCAAGGACGAUUGGGCAAUCAAACACCUCGAAACGAGUCCAUGUUCAUAGUCGGUUCUCAACCUCUCCCUUCACCAUCUUCCAGUUUCUCCAGCUCGCCAAUGUUCGACAAACAUGGAUUUGGAAUGAGCAAGAUCUCUGGGGGAGGCUCAAAAGGAUCCACGACAAAUGUAGCGGGUGGUGUCGGACCGAGUUCGGGGCUUGCCAGAGGCAAUACAGCUGAAGGCAUUGGGAAUGAGUUGGGGAACGUCAAUCUAGGAGACGAUGCCUUGACAUGGGAAAAGAAGAAAGCCAUCAUCCAUCAGCCUGGACCUUCACUUCUCUCUCAGCAGAUGGUCAAUCCUCCAGAUUUAGCACCUCAAUCCGCUCAUGCUCCAGGCUCGGCAACCAGUACCACAGCUACUCCGAGUCAAACAGUCAUCACUACACCUGCGACGACACCUGACAGUGUUCAGGUAAAGAUCUCCACUUCUGUCGGCUCCACCGCUCCUUCCAUUCCUUCCAUCUCGGGGACUAGUCAAAACCCCGCCGCCCCGUCUAAAUCUGCUCAACAAACCGAUGAUACAAGUAAGAAUAUCACACAGCCUUCCGACCCGCCACCAUCAGAAGAGACUGGAUUCGCGCGAUCCAACACGUUUGUCAGCAAUAUCUCCGAAGACGCCUCCUCUACCCAUCUCAACAACCUACAAGACCUGUCACCUCAUCAACCACAUCAUUCUGAGCAUGGCUCUCAUUCUCACACACCGCAACCGACGGGGGGACACGGAGAUUAUAUCGACGAGAGUAUGAUCGCUCCCGUUGCCGGCGAUCCGAAUAUGCUUCCUCCGCCAUUCCCCUAUGAUCCCGUCAGUCUCGAGAGGAUCACUGUCAAAAUUGCGGAUCUCGGUAACGCCUGUUGGGUCGAUCAUCACUUUACCAAUGAUAUCCAGACGCGACAAUAUCGAUGUCCAGAGAUCAUCCUGGGGACGAAAUGGAAUGAAAGUGUGGAUAUAUGGAGUGCUGCGUGUCUGUUCUUCGAGCUGUUGACAGGCGACUAUUUGUUUGAUCCUCAGCCUGGUGGCAAGUAUGACAAGGAUGACGAUCACAUGGCACAAGUCAUGGAGCUCCUGGGCGACAUGCCAAAGGCUCUGACGCAGCACGGGAAGUACAGUCACGAGAUUUUCACGAGGAAGGGCGAACUGCGUCAUAUCAGUCGAUUACGAUAUUGGCCUCUCGACCUUGUCCUCAAGGAGAAGUAUCUCAUGGAAGCUGAAGAGGCAGAGCUCUUGUCGUCUUUCUUGCUCCCCAUGAUGCGAUACGACUCUGACGCCCGAGCAACAGCGGCGGAGAUGGUCAAUCAUCCAUGGCUCAAAGGCGUGGUGGUCCUGGGCGAAGAGGAGAUCGCAGAGAGCAUUCAUCGAGCCCGGAUGGAUAAAUUGGCAGAGUUACGGCGUGGUUCAGAUAACCAACCUGGUGAAUCGAGCAAUGUGACGAGCGAGAGUGCGACGGCGAGGAACAGCACGUCUUCGGGGAGUCAGAGCGAGGCUUCAAAAUCCAAUGCCGCCACGGAUGGAAAAGAUGGGAAUGGACUCUUGGAAGAAGUCGCAAAGCUUGGUCCUGCUGUCAAAGGUCUCGUCGGAAUGGGCCGGAUAUGA